GGAAACCCCGCCCUCGCUGCUCCUGCGCGCCCCGCCCAGGCCCGCAGCGCGGCUGCAGCGCGAGGGGCGGAGAGGCUCAGCGCUGAGAGAGGACCAGACGCCCAGGUCGCCGCAUCCAGUGCCGCAGGAGACCGAAAGCGCGCCUUCGCCCGGGCGUCCCAGCUGCUUCCUUGGCCCCAGCGACAGAUCACCUGUCCUCCGCCUUGACCCCAGUUCAGCGCUCCCUUCCUUCGGAGCACACACUACCCGGUGCAGCCGAAGACUUGCCCCAGCCCCUCCCUCGUCGGCGACCACCAUGGCGGAGACCAACAACGAAUGCAGCAUCAAGGUGCUUUGCCGAUUUCGGCCCCUGAACCAGGCGGAGAUUCUGCGGGGGGACAAGUUCAUCCCCAUUUUUCAAGGGGACGACAGCGUCAUUAUUGGGGGAAAGCCGUAUGUCUUUGACCGUGUAUUCCCCCCAAACACGACUCAGGAGCAAGUUUAUCAUGCAUGUGCCAUGCAGAUCGUCAAAGAUGUCCUUGCUGGCUACAAUGGCACAAUUUUUGCUUAUGGGCAGACAUCCUCAGGGAAAACACAUACCAUGGAGGGUAAACUGCACGACCCUCAGCUAAUGGGAAUCAUUCCUCGGAUUGCUCGAGACAUCUUCAACCACAUCUACUCCAUGGAUGAGAACCUGGAGUUCCACAUCAAGGUUUCUUACUUUGAGAUUUACCUGGAUAAGAUCCGAGACCUUUUGGAUGUGACCAAGACAAACCUGUCUGUACACGAAGACAAAAAUCGGGUGCCGUUUGUCAAGGGUUGUACCGAACGCUUUGUGUCCAGCCCAGAGGAGAUUCUGGAUGUGAUCGAUGAAGGGAAGUCGAAUCGCCAUGUAGCUGUCACCAAUAUGAACGAGCACAGCUCUCGGAGCCAUAGCAUCUUCCUCAUCAACAUCAAGCAGGAGAACAUAGAGACCGAGCAGAAGCUCAGCGGGAAGCUGUACCUUGUGGACCUGGCCGGGAGCGAGAAGGUCAGCAAGACCGGAGCAGAAGGGGCUGUGCUGGAUGAGGCAAAGAAUAUCAACAAGUCGCUGUCGGCCCUGGGAAACGUGAUCUCUGCCCUGGCUGAGGGCACUAAAAGCUAUGUGCCGUACCGUGACAGCAAAAUGACGCGGAUUCUUCAGGACUCCCUGGGAGGAAACUGUAGGACCACCAUGUUCAUCUGCUGCUCACCGUCCAGCUACAAUGAUGCGGAGACAAAGUCUACCCUGAUGUUUGGGCAGCGGGCAAAGACUAUUAAGAAUACUGCCUCGGUGAAUCUGGAGCUGACGGCUGAGCAAUGGAAGAAGAAAUACGAGAAGGAGAAGGAGAAGACCAAGGCCCAGAAGGAGACCAUUGCAAAGCUGGAGGCCGAGCUGAGUCGGUGGCGCAAUGGAGAGAAUGUGCCUGAGACGGAACGCCUAGCCGGGGAGGACUCAGCUCUGGGAGCCGAGCUGUGUGAAGAGACUCCUGUGAAUGACAACUCAUCCAUCGUGGUCCGCAUCGCACCCGAGGAGAGGCAGAAGUAUGAGGAAGAGAUCCGCCGCCUCUACAAGCAGCUUGACGACAAGGACGAUGAGAUCAACCAGCAGAGCCAGCUCAUUGAGAAGCUGAAGCAGCAGAUGCUGGACCAGGAGGAGCUGCUGGUGUCUACUCGGGGAGACAAUGAGAAGGUCCAGCGGGAGCUGAGCCACCUGCAGUCAGAGAACGACGCUGCUAAGGACGAGGUGAAGGAAGUCCUGCAGGCCCUGGAGGAGCUGGCAGUCAACUAUGACCAGAAGUCACAGGAGGUGGAAGAGAAGAGCCAGCAAAACCAGCUGCUGGUGGACGAGCUGUCCCAGAAGGUGGCCACCAUGCUGUCCCUGGAGUCUGAGCUACAGAGGCUCCAGGAGGUCAGUGGACACCAGCGGAAACGGAUUGCUGAGGUACUCAAUGGGCUGAUGAAGGACCUGAGCGAGUUUAGUGUCAUCGUGGGCAACGGUGAGAUUAAGCUGCCAGUGGAGAUCAGCGGGGCCAUCGAAGAGGAGUUUACCGUGGCCCGACUCUACAUCAGCAAAAUCAAAUCGGAGGUCAAGUCUGUGGUGAAGCGGUGUCGGCAGUUGGAGAACCUGCAGGUGGAAUGUCACCGCAAGAUGGAGGUGACUGGCAGGGAGCUGUCAUCCUGCCAGCUGCUCAUCUCACAGCAUGAGGCCAAGAUCCGUUCGCUUACGGAAUACAUGCAGAGUGUGGAGUUGAAGAAACGGCACCUGGAAGAAUCCUAUGACUCCCUGAGCGAUGAACUAGCCAAGCUUCAGGCGCAGGAAACUGUGCAUGAAGUGGCCCUAAAAGACAAGGAACCGGACACACAGGACGCAGAGGAAGUGAAGAAGGCCCUGGAGCUGCAGAUGGAGAAUCACCGUGAGGCCCAUCACCGGCAGCUGUCCCGCCUCCGGGAUGAGAUCAAUGAGAAGCAGAGGACCAUUGAUGAGCUUAAAGACCUGAACCAGAAGCUGCAGUUGGAGCUGGAGAAGCUGCAGGCUGAUUAUGAGAGGCUGAAGAACGAAGAGCACGAGAAGAGCGCCAAACUGCAGGAGCUGACAUUUCUGUACGAGCGACAUGAGCAGUCCAAGCAGGACCUCAAGGGGCUGGAGGAGACAGUUGCCCGGGAACUCCAGACCCUCCACAACCUUCGCAAGCUGUUCGUUCAAGACGUCACGACUCGAGUCAAGAAAAGUGCAGAAAUGGAACCCGAGGACAGUGGGGGGAUUCACUCCCAGAAACAGAAGAUCUCCUUUCUUGAGAACAACCUGGAACAGCUUACAAAAGUUCACAAACAGCUGGUACGUGACAAUGCAGAUCUGCGUUGUGAGCUUCCUAAAUUGGAAAAACGACUUAGGGCUACGGCUGAGAGAGUUAAGGCCCUGGAGGGUGCACUGAAGGAAGCCAAGGAGGGCGCCAUGAAGGACAAGCGCCGGUACCAGCAGGAAGUGGACCGCAUCAAGGAAGCCGUGCGGUACAAGAGCUCCGGCAAGCGGGGCCAUUCUGCCCAGAUUGCUAAGCCUGUGAGGCCUGGCCACUACCCAGCCUCCUCACCCACCAACCCCUAUGGCACCCGGAGCCCCGAGUGUAUCAGUUACACCAACAAUCUCUUCCAGAACUACCAGAACCUGCACCUGCAGGCUGCACCUAGCUCCACCUCAGAUCUGUACUUUGCUAACUCCUGUGCCAGUAACGGAGCCACAUCCGGUGGCCCCUUAGCUUCCUACCAGAAAGCCAACAUGGACAAUGGAAAUGCCACAGAUAUCAACGACAACAGGAGUGACCUGCCAUGCGGCUAUGAGGCUGAGGACCAGGCCAAGCUUUUCCCUCUCCACCAAGAGACAGCAGCCAGCUAACUCCCAUUCCUGGCUACAUAUCUGCACUUCCAGUUUCUAAGAGGGACUGAGGCCUCUUCUCUCAGCAUGCUGCAAACCCUGUGGUCUCUGAUACUAGCUCCCUCCCCAGCCCGUGUUGUUGGACUGUCGAUGUCUCCUCCCUCAUACUCUGUACUCUGUAUCUAUACACCAGAAGCUGCUGCUGCUGCUGCUGCUGCGUCUCCUCUGUUCUUCUCUCUCAGUAGCUGGUGAUGUAUUUAGCAGGUUGUAAGCAUAGUCUCCCCUCCUCGUUCAGCGUUAGGGAGGAGGGGAGUGUCUUCUUCUUUCUUCCAUAUGCUUGUUUCUUACACCGAGUGAUGUUAGUCACCGAGUAGAGGUCACAAGAUGAUCACGGAAACGCGGGAACUAAGAGAGCACGCUCCUUCUCGCUCACAAACACAUGUGUACAUGCAUACACACACAGUGUACAUACAAAGCCUUAAGCAGAAGAAUGUCUUAGCAUCUACGAAAAGAGAGAAACAGAACACCCCCCCUCUUUACACAGACCACAGGGGAGGACCCAGCAGAAGGGUUGCUAAAUUGCCCUCCAUCCUCCCUUCACCUGAGGCAGGAGAUUGUGGGUGUUCACUUCGGACCUGUGAAGUCUGCAUUUGCUGCCUUCUCCCCCAAACGGAGAGCAUGGACUGUUCAAGGGACUCUUUCCCUUCCUGGCCCAAACCUCUUUUGAUACUUUGUACUCCAGCUAUCAGAACCAGAACUUAGAGUUGACUUAAAAACUAUAUUCUGAAAAGUUGAGAAGGCAGACCUCUGAGAAAGGGCCGCUCUUCUGUCUGGGCCAAUAGUUACAAGCAAGCAGAGUUAGAGCGGCGGGUUCCCUGGGUCUGGGGCGUGGACAGGCUGAGGGCUACCAUGUGUUUUUCUAUCGCAGUGCCCUUGGGUUGAAGUUUUGAGCUCAUUCUUUCUCCCUUUUGGGCCACACUUGCUUCCCACCUCCGACUCUGGUUUGGGGCUUCCAGUUCACUGACAUAACAGCUGUUUCUAGCCGCCUUCCCUUCGAGCUGGAGUCUGGCUCUUUCCCAACACGCCUUCUUCCCCAGCACAGAGUUCCUUUGGGAAUCUCCAUCUGGUACUAAGUGCACUUUAAAGAUGGGGCAGGGGUAGGAGGUAUGGCGUAGGGGAAACAGCUUCCCCAGCACAUGAAAAAGCCGUGAUUCUGACCCCCAGUACCUCACAAGAAAAGCCAGGGAUGGUGGCUCUCAUUUGCGAGUGUUGCUCUCAGGAAGCCGAGGUAGGAAAACUGCUAAAUUUGAGGCUAGCCUGGACUAUGGAGUCAGUUCCAGGAUAGCUUGAGCUAUGGUGAGAAACCCUGUCUCAAAACAAAACAAAGAAGAAAAAAGAAAGGGACAGAUGAGAUUUUUCAGAAGUGACAGAGGCAGAGGACCUGAACCUAGUCCCCUCCCUACAGCCGUUGUCAGCCCAGGUCCUCUCCUCUCCAGCAGUCGAGGGGACAUUACUUUAAUUCAGAUGGUCCUUUCCUCCCGUCGGCUAAGGUGGUUUUCCGGAUAACUGCAGGAAUGAAGGUCACCACCCAGCUAAGCCAAGCAAUACAGCCGAGUAUCCAGAUACCCGGUCUUUCCCGGGGUGGGAGACCAGGCCACCGCGACAGCAGGGCGCCCUGUCUGCCAGCUUCAGAGCUGGAGGCGAGACUGUGGAUGGCUGGACGGCAGCUGGUACACGGGGCUGUAGUGGUUGUGACUCCUCCAAAGGGGUUUCUGCUCUUUACCUGUUAAAGAAUGGCAGAGAUGAAGACAGCUUCAGAGCGGUGUGGGGGAAGUCCAGAGAGGCAGUCUUCAGUUUUUCAAAGUCAGUCUUAUGUAGGAAGGCGUAAAAAGUAAGCCAGGGCUUUGGUGGUGGCUCAGUGGUUCUGCACUGGCCUUUGAUACUUAAUGUGACAAAGCUAAGGGUCCCAUCUUUCUCUGGUACUGCAAAAACCAGGAAAAACCCCAAAUGAUAAAUAGUUCAAGCUUGGGAAGUUUAUCUUUUCCUACUCCUCCCCGCCCCCAGGGCAAAUGCUUACUUAGUUGAAGGGCCCCAAAUAGCCCUAAGCGUGUAGGAAUCCCUUAUUUUCAAGAGGGGUUCAAUGUGGUUUCCCUACCCUGAAAUCACAACUCCAAAGAGACAACAGGUGGGGCAUAUGAGUCACUGUCUCGGACCCAGUGGGCAAAGGAGGAAGACAGCAUCCUGUCUGUGACUCCGUGCCAGCGGAACACCUGAGAAUCUGAGGGAGUUUGUAAGCUUGCCACCAGACGAUUCUUUCCAAACACAAGGAAACGUUGAGUGUCCACAGCAGAGCAGACGACGGGAGGGGCGGCGUAUCCUUCCACAGCCUUCUCUUCGGCACUAUGUAGCUUAUGUUAGCCAGAAACAGCCCCUUUACCAGGACCUUCUCACCACACUCUCCCUCCUUCCGUUCACCGCAUCCCCUUCAGACAGCCAGGUCACCAGGAGGGCCACCUGGCCCGCCCACCCACAUCUGCCAAAAUGUUGCAUGCCAGCGUGGAAGACAGACCAAAUUGCACAAAUCCCAGUGUGUAUUUACUUGGUGGACACAGAUACCUUUAAAAUAAAAUAAAUCCAAUGACGG